UGUCAAGGCAUUCCUCGCAGCGCACCGCUAGAAUCCAAAAUCCCAAUCGCAGGGUAGAGAGAGAGAGAGAGGAGGGAGCGAAGAGAGAGAGGGAGAUCCAUCCAUGGCUUCCUUCGUCGUCUUCAAGGGUGUCCCACUGGCCGGCCUCGUCAAGGAGCUCCCCGCCGCGCCGUCCGUCGCCGCCGCCAAUGGUGCCCCGCUGGCCGGCCUCGUCAAGGAGCUCCCCGCCGCGCCGUCCGUCGCCUUCAAGGGGGUCCCGCUGGCCGGCCUCAAGGAUCUCCCCGUCGCGCCGUCCGUGUCCGUGCCCGGGAACUCCGACUUCUCCGCCCGCCGCCUCCUCAACACCAAGGGCCACUACUACGACGACGAGAGCACCACCACCGAGGAGCCCAGCGGCGCCGACUACAGCCGCCGCGCGCUCAGCUUCUCCGUCCCCAAGCUCUUCUCCGGAGACGCGCUGGACGUGUUCCGCGAGCCGAUGAAGCUGACCCAGCUGCUGUCGCUGAUGGAGAACGGCGGUGCGGCGUCCAGGACCGGCUACUCCGGGCACGGGUGGUGGGUGUCGAAGGAGGACGACGACGCGCUGCAGCUGAAGGUGGUGAUGCCGGGGCUGGGGAAGGAGCACGUCAAGGUAUCGGCGGAGAAGAACAUCCUGGUGGUCAAGGGCGAGGGCGACAAGAACCCCGAGGACGGCGACGACAAGGGCCUGGCGAAGUACAGCCGCCGCUUCCAGCUCCCCGCAGAGGCCUUCAAGAUGGACCAGAUCAAGGCGGAGAUGAACAACGGCGUGCUCAAGGUGACCAUUCCCAAGAUCAAGGACGAGGAGCGCAAGGACGUGUUCCAGAUCAAGGUCGAGUAGGGGUGGGGUUCGAAUCGGUUCGUCCAGGUCUCGUAGUUGCAGUCCCUAUCGUAGUUGCUGUUGCAGUGCCCUAGUAGUAGUUUACUGGAGUAGUCUUUGCUGAUGGAGAGAGAUUGCGAACAAGAGGGGGAGGCGUUUCUUUUUGGUGAUGGUGUUGUCUCGUGCCUGAUGUCUGAGGCGACAUGUUUACCUUUCUGUUCGUCCUGCAGAGUUUAAUUUCUUGGAUGGUGAUGGUCACUGAUGACCUUGUUAUGAAUUUUUAAUGGUAAUGGAAUCUGCAGUUACUGAUCGGCAUC